AUGCCCAAACAGAGGUCCACGCCGCGCGUCGUCUGUUGCGCCAUCCCCAUAGCCCGAACGACUGGGCAAAUUUUACUGAUAACAAGCCGGAAGAGAGGUGAUCAAUGGGUCUUUCCGAAAGGUGGUUUUGAGCCCACCGAUCAGUCAUGGGAGGCCGCUGCGUCGAGGGAGGCAUUAGAAGAAGCUGGUGUGCGAGGUGUCAUUUCGCGCAGGGUUACGACAAUACAAGCCCCCGCCGCUAUCUACCAUGUGUUUGAAUUGGAAGUUACCAACGUAGAAGCGGAUUGGUUGGAAAAGGGAGAACGAAGGAGAGAAUGGGUCGACUACGCCACAGCCUGUUCGCGACUUCAGUGGAAACCUGAACUUUUGCAAGGACUUAUGCUUUCCACUUUGGCUCAACAGCAACGUUAG